GCUUCCGGCUGCUGAGUCCAACAUGGCGGCCGAUGCAGAUGAGAGUCAAUAUUUUGUGAGAGAAAUUGAGACAAACGACGGCUGUGUCUUGAGAGUGAAGCAGUGCUACUUGGGAGACGUGGGCUGCGUGGUCUGGGACGCAGCCAUAGUUCUGGCCAAGUACCUGGAGACCGAACAGUUCCAGGAUCCGUCCUCAGGACUGAACGUGUGGUCCGGCAGCACCGUGCUGGAGCUGGGAGCUGGGACAGGAGCGGUGGGUCUGAUGGCUGCAACGCUGGGAGCACAAGUCACAGUGACGGACCUGGAGGAUUUGCAGACCCUCCUGAAGGUGAACAUCCAGGAUAACAAGGCGCUAAUCAGCAGUGGAUCCAUAACUGCCAAGGUACUGAAAUGGGGUGAAGAUGUGUCUGAGUUCCUGCCUCCCCCACGUUAUGUCCUCAUGGCAGAUUGCAUCUAUUAUGAGCAGUCGAUUGUUCCACUGGUGGAGACCUUGAAGCUGCUUUGUGGACCAGAAACCUGCAUUAUAUGCUGCUAUGAGCAGCGCACUGAGGGCGUCAACCCAGAAGUGGAAAGGCGGUUUUUUGAGUUGCUGCAACAAAACUUCAGCUGUGAGAGGAUCCCGUCAGACAAACAGGACCCAGAGUUUAGCAGCCCAGACAUCCACAUUCUGCACAUCCGAAGAAAAGCACAAUAGUUUGUGGUGAAAUUCCUUUUUUUUAAUGUAUCACGUGGAAGUCAGAGAGUUAAAAGUCUUCUCAGCUUGUGUAAAAUAUUCAUUGUCGAUUGUAUUUUUCAAAGGAAGCGUUUUUAUAAUGUGGAAAUAAAUAUAUCUCUGAUGUUUGAUCAGAGUAAA